AUGGUUGGAAUCAUUUCUAAAGAAAGCCUUACCACUUGGGAGGAUGUUGUUAACAAGUUCUUUGCAAGGUUCUACCCUCCACAAAGAAUCAAUAGGCUGAGAGCUAAGUUGCACAUCUUCUAUGAGGGCCUAUCACAUGAGUCAAAGAAGGCCCUAGAUCACUCUUCUAGAGGCUCCCUCAAGAAGAAAAAGACAAUUGAAAAUGCCAUAGACAUCAUAGAAACUGUUGCUAACAACAAGUAUUUCUAUGCCUCUGAUAGAACCCAAAAGAAGCAAUGUUAUCACAGCUCAACUGGCAGCCCUGACCAAGCAAAUGGAGAAGAACCAAUAGAGAGAAAAGUGCAAGAAGAGAAGAAGAUAGAUGCAAUUCAAGAGGAGGCCAGAUCCAACAUGAGGAACCAAGGGGCAGCUAUUUCAAAACUGGAAUCACAACUAGGAAGCUUGUCUAAACAGAUACCAAUGCCCACACCUUCAUUCUCUAGUGAUACCAUGGUCAACCUAAGAGGGGAAUGCAAGACCAUCACACUAAAAAGUAGUAAGGUGAUAAAUGAGGCAUCCUCAAGCCACAACAAGCAAGAAGAGGAAGCUGUAAAUGGAUCUGAAACCAAGAAGGAAGAAAAGACACCUAAACCACCCCCACCAAAGCAAAUCCUGAAGCCCUAUGUACCAAAGGCACCCUACCCACAAAAGCUGAGAAAAUAUGGGAAAGAUAGCCAAUUCUCUAGAUUCUUAGAGAUCUUUAAGAAGCUUCAAAUUAACAUACCCUUUGCUGAGGCAUUAGAGCAAAUUCCACUCUAUGCCAAAUUCAUAAAGGAGCUCAUGACAAGGAAAAGAAACUGGAGUGAAAAAGAAAAUGUGGUACUCACUGAGGAAUAUAGUGCCAUAAUACAAAAGAAGCUUCCCCAGAAAUUGAAAGAUCCUGGGAGCUUCCAAAUUCCCUACAUCAUAGGGGAUAUAAGAAUUGAGAAGGCACUAUGUGAUCUAGGAGCCAGCAUCAACCUUAUGUCCUUGGCCAUGAUGAAAAGAAUGAGGAUAGAAGAGGCCAAACCUACUAGAAUGGCUCUUCAAUUAGCUGAUAAGACAUUUGAAUUCCCUCAUGGUGUGGUGGAAGAUUUGUUGGUAAAAGUGAGAGAGUUCAUCUUUCUGACUGAUUUUGUUGUACUUGAUAUGGAGGAAGAGGCUAACACAAUAAUCAUCCUAGGAAGGCCAUUCCUAGCUACUACUGGAGCCAUAAUUGAUGUUCAAAAGGGAGAGUUAGUCUUGAGACUGCAUGAAGUAAAAAUGGUGUUUAAUGUCUUUCAGGCGAUGAGCUAA